AUGGAAGCCGACCCACUGUACCACAUCAAGCAGCUCUUCUACCAAGGCUCGUUCAAGGCCGCCAUUGACGAGGCAGCCGACCAGGCCCUCACGCCUGGUGGCGACGAGGCUGCGACAUCACGCGCAGUGUACGUUGCGCGCGCACACCUCGCCCUCAACCCUCCCGCCAUCGCCGACGCCCAGAACGUCCUUGCCCCCUUCCUCGCCCUCGACCCUGCUCCUUCCAGCGCGCGCGCAGCCGCGUCCCUCGCAUCUUACCUCUCGGGCAACGAGGAGGCCGUUGACGAGGUGCGCGAUGUGCUUCUCGAGGUCGAGGAUGGCGAGGACGAGCAAGAAGGCACCGUCCGCGCGCUCGCUGGAACCGUGUUCAUUCUGGAGAAGGAGGUCGAGGAGUCGGUCGCGACUCUGUCCGAGGGCGCGGCCAAGACCGACCUCGAGUGCAUUGCCCUCCUCGUCCAGCUGCUCUUGUCCCUCGACCGCCGGGACCUCGCAAACGCGCAGUACAUCGCCGCCAAGAAGAUUGGCAACGACUCGGCGCUCGUCCAGGCCAUUGAGGCGUGGAUCGGUCUCAAGACCGGUGCCCGCCCCUUGCACCAGGCCUACUACUUUUACGAGGAGCUCUACCAGCUCCCCAACGGCCGUACCGCUCCUGUCUUUGCUUCGCACGCCGCUGCCCACCUCCUUCUCGGCCACGUUGAUGAGGCCAAGGCCGACAUUGACGCCGCCAAGCAGACCCAGGCUGGCGAGAACAGCCCCGACGUCCUGGCGGUGGCGACCUCGCUCGGUGACGAUGAGGCCGCUCAGCAGCUGAACGCCACUUCGCACCCCUUCGCGGCCGAGCUGGCCAAGAAGUCUGCCGAGUUUGACGAGGCCGCGGCCAAGUUUGCCAUUGCGGCUUAG